UUGCAAUGAAAUUUUAUAUGCUUUUGGUGUUGGGUUUUGGCAUGUCUCUCAAAGAAAGCCCAAUGUCUGAUGAGAUGAAAAGUAAAGAGGAGGAGAGUCAAAGGAAUGGGAAAGAGGAAGAUGAGGAACAUGAUGAAGAUGAAGAUAAUGGGGAAGAGAUCAUCACUCUUGGGGAUUUAGCCCAGGACAUGCAAGACCUUGAGGAGGAUGCUAAAGCAGUGCUUGGUCCUGCAGAUGACAAACACUGCACCUACUUGCAGGGCUCCAUGAAGCGCCAGGCCCUCUAUGCAUGCCAAACAUGUAGCCAAGGAUCUGAGCCUGCUGGAGUGUGUUUGGCCUGCAGCUAUGCUUGCCAUGCAGACCACCAACUUGUUGAAUUGUACACAAAGAGGAAUUUUCGUUGUGAUUGUAGUGUGAGUGCAAAGUUUCCCUCCAACAAAUGCAAACUGGAACCUACACAUGAUGAUGUGAAUGAACAAAACAAAUACAAUCACAACUUCAGAGGUUUAUACUGUGUGUGCAGUCGUCCCUAUCCUGAUCCUGAGGAUACUGUUGAUGAUGAACAAUUCCAGUGCAUAGUAUGCGAAGACUGGUUCCAUGGCAGACAUUUGAAAGCAGAUGGUACAAGGAUUGAAAACGAAUUUGAUGAAUUGAUUUGCUUCCGCUGCACUCGGAAGUUCCCAUUCCUUCUGAAAUAUGCUUCAUUCUCUGUGAAUGUUUUGCCACCACCAAAGGAAUACAAAGAAGAUACUGGUGAGGAAGUGAAACUGAAUGGAAGUGAUUCAAAAAAUAAUCUGGAAGAUUCAACUGCUGCAAAUGGUGCUGCUGAGGGUUCGAAUACCUGCACAGUUGUUACUAAGAGUGAUGUCAAGGUCGAGUCAGCUGAUGUGCAUUUACCUGCAUCUCCUUUUGAUAAGGAAAUGUAUGAGAAUUUGGAUUUGAAGUUUCUCCUAUCGAAUGAGGACACUGUGGCUUUCUAUGAAUCUCAAGGAGCUCACAAGUCCACCCCAGACAGGAUGGCAGCCGACUUCUCCCGUCUCCCCCGUGCCGGUGUCUUGGAAACCAUAUAUGCUUACAACACGAUGAAGACUGAGCUGGCCGAGUACCUGAAGAAGUUUGCAGAAAACAAGAAGGUGGUGCGUGAAGACGACAUCAAAGAGUUCUUCGAGGAACUCAAGGCUCGCAAGAGGACCCGCACCAAUGCCUAUCAGAGCAGCUGCUCUUGAGAUCUCUUCUGCAUGUUCAAGUUGUACAAUAUGAUCCAUCUUUUUUUUCCACCUGUGAUAUCUUCCCUGGUGGAUCUUUUUUUUUUACAGUUUUUUUUUCUUCAUGGAAUAGGGU